AUGAACAUUGUCAAGAAGGUCAACUACAGAUACAACAUCUUCUACAAGUUCCCGACCCUAGUUCUGGAUGAUCUUCUCAAGCUAGAUAAGAGGUCUCGUCCUUACAAUAUUGAUGUCUUUAGAAAGGAUUAUGGAAGGAUUUUGGGUUACCUGGAAGCUUCUCUCAAUGAAUACCAGAGGGAUGUUAUUCAUACCUUGCUACAGUUUUAUGAUCGCACUUUGAGAUGUUUCAUGUUCCCGGAUUAUCUGUUAGCUCCUACUUUGGAAGAGUAUUCCAAUAUCGUGGACAUCCCUAUCUUGAACCAAGUACCUUUUCAUGCUUCCAUGAAGAAACCUGAUGCUACUCAGGUUACUGCUGCUCUUUAUUUGAGCGAAUCUGUUGUGAAGGCUAACUUUAAGACGAAGGGAAAUGUUUGUGGUUAUCAUUUGAGUUUCCUGUUGAAAGAAGCUGGUGGCAUGGCUGACAAGGGAGAUUGGAAGGAUUUCAAUGAUGUUCUAGCUUGUUGCAUUUAUGGGAUCAUUUUAUUUCCUAAUAAAGUGAAGUUUGUUGAUGAGAAUGUUGUUACUAUCUUCAUUCAUAGGAAUCCGGUGCCAACUCUCCUAGGAGAUGUUUACCAUUACAUACACUCUAGGCAUUACAAAGGGAAGGGUGAUGUCGUUCAUUAUUGUACGACAUUGUUAUACCAUUGGUGUAGAGGUCAUAUCCCUUUCCAAGGUGCUUUUGUUGAUACCCAAGACACCUUAAAGUGGUCCCAAAGGCUGAUGGGACUCACUUCUAAGGACAUUGAUUGGUACAUGCAUAGUUUGAGAAAACCAGAAACUAAAGAAGUGAUCUUUAGCUGUGGGGAAUUUCCCAAUGUGCCUUUCAUAGGGAUGAGGGGUGGCAUUAAUUACAACCCAACUCUUUCUCGAAGACAAUUAGGAUAUGCUUUCAAAGGUCCACAUGAGGACAAAGAUGUGCAAGAAUCCCUGUUUUAUGAUGUGCCUGAUAGUACUAGAUGGAUGGAAAAAGCUGCCAAAUCAUGGGGAAGUAUUCAUCUGAAAGGAGGGACAUACUUUGGGAAGAAAGAUUUUGCAGUCUAUUCACCUUACGUUAAGUGGAUUGAGGAGAGGAACAAAGAUCGUCACAGGCCUUUCUCUCUAGAGGUUACUUGGUAUCCACAAAAGCCUGAUCAGCCAGAUGCGGUGCCCAAGGGAUCCUAUGACCAAAUUCAAGCUCAGAAUCUCUGA